CUCUUGAAACGCCACGUCGGUGUUAAGUUCAGUAAUUCAACCCGUACACCUCCUUGGUCAUCAUCGUCCAUCAUGAGCUCCCGCAUCAACAUCGGUCGUCCAGCUUCAACAAGCUACCACUCCCCAGACCCCCAUGGAUUCGCAAACCCGCAACAGUCAACGGGUUACAGAGCAGCUAACCCAGACGCCCCACUCGAGAAGAUUCGCGCCGUCAGUAAACAAGUAGAAGACGCUAUCGAGAUAUAUUCUCAGCCUUUGAAACCUUAUUUACCUUCUAUCGGCCGGUUUUUGAUUGUUGUGACGUUUUAUGAGGAUGCGUUGAGGAUUAUAACGCAGUUGCAUGACCAGCUUUGGUAUCUCCAGACACAUAGGCAUUUCUACCGGGGAAUCUCUCACCUCUUCCUCCUGCUCAACGUCGUUACAAUGCUCAGCGCCUCCACCGCCGUCAUCAUGAAACGGCACACAGAAUACGCAGUCAUCGGUCUUCUCAGCGUAGUCGUCAUCCAAGGCUUCGGCUACGGUCUCAUCUUCGACCUCACUUUCUUCCUCCGAAACUUGAGCGUCAUAGGCGGGCUCGUUAUGGUGUUCAGCGAGACAAUGGUCGACAAAAAGAAAAGCUUUGCUGGGAUUCCUACUAUGAGCGAAACGGACCGCAAGAAAUACUUCCUCCUCGCAGGCCGCGUACUCCUCAUCUUCCUCUUCCUCGGUUUCAUCAUCCAAGGAAAAUGGAGCAUAGGCCGGAUAUUCAUGUCCCUCUUCGGCCUAGCAGCAUGCACGAUGGUAGCCAUCGGCUUCAAAGCCAAAUGGUCCGCAACCUUCCUCGUCAUCUUGCUCAGCGUCUUCAAUGUAUUUGCCAAUAACUGGUGGAGCGUGGGUAGUGCGCAUCCUCAGCGUGAUUUCCUCAAGUAUGAUUUCUUCCAGACGCUUUCUAUCGUCGGAGGCCUCAUCCUUCUUGUGAACAUUGGUCCCGGCGGUCUCUCGGUGGACGAGAAGAAAAAGACAUAUUAGAGGAUGGACUCGUUGAUUUCUGUAACUGGCGUCAUGACAGCAUCAUCCCGCGGAAGAGAAGAGGAGCGUUUGAUUCAAGGCCUGUUGAAGCCUCGGUACUCAUUGACAUAGUACAUAUAUCCCAUAUCGCAUUGCCAAUGACCAUGGCAUCGUCGCUUUGUUACCACCCGCAUCGAUACUAUAACCAUUAGAGUCCACGUCGA